ACGUGGAACACCUGCGGGAGAGCGGGGGCGGGGACACCGUGCGCGGACGGACGGAGCUGGGGGAUCCCUCAGGAAAUGGGGGGUCCAGGGAAGGCCCCAGGGAGUCGAGAGAGGGACACUCACUCUCCUCGUCCCCGACCCGCCUCAGACAAGGUUUAAUGUAACAUACCCUCUCAAACUUUAUCCCCGCUCCUCCUCUCCAAAUCAUCCCAUUAGAAAAAGAGGAAAUCAUGUCAGGACACAAAUGUUACUCGUGGGACUUACAGGACCGAUAUGUUCAAGAUAAAUCGGUGGUAAAUAAGAUGCAGCAGAAAUAUUGGGAAACUAAGCAGGCCUUUAUUAAAGCCACAGGAAAGAAGGAAGAUGAGCAUGUUGUUGCCUCUGAUGCAGACCUGGAUGCAAAGCUGGAGCUGUUUCACUCGAUUCAGAGAACCUGUUUGGACUUGUCUAAAGCAAUUGUACUGUAUCAAAAGAGGAUAUGUUUCUUGUCUCAGGAAGAAAAUGAACUGGGAAAAUUUCUCCGAUCCCAAGGCUUCCAAGAUAAAACCAGAGCGGGAAAAAUGAUGCAAGCGACAGGAAAGGCCCUGUGCUUUUCUUCUCAGCAAAGGUUGGCCUUGCGCAAUCCCCUGUGUCGAUUUCACCAAGAAGUGGAGACUUUUCGGCAUCGGGCCAUCUCAGACACUUGGCUGACGGUGAACCGCAUGGAGCAAUGCCGGACGGAAUAUAGGGGAGCGCUGUUAUGGAUGAAGGACGUGUCCCAGGAGCUGGAUCCAGAUCUCUACAAGCAAAUGGAGAAGUUCAGAAAGGUACAGACACAGGUACGUCUUGCAAAAAAAAACUUUGACAAGCUGAAGAUGGAUGUGUGUCAAAAAGUGGAUCUUCUUGGAGCAAGCAGAUGCAAUCUCUUGUCUCACAUGCUAGCAACAUACCAGACUACCCUGCUUCACUUUUGGGAGAAAACUUCUCACACUAUGGCUGCCAUCCACGAGAGCUUCAAAGGCUACCAACCCUAUGAGUUCACCACAUUGAAGAGCUUGCAAGACCCAAUGAAAAAACUAGUUGAGAAAGAAGAGAAGAAGAAGAUCACCCAACAGGAGAGCAUAGAGGCGCCCACGCAGGAGUCGAGUCAAUUGAUCUCUAUAGAGGAUGAAAACCAGCGUAAGGACUCCUCUUGUUCUAAGACCGAAGAUGGAAAAGAUGUUUUCUCUGCCCUAGACAAAAGUGUGAUGAAUGAUGCAUGUUCAGAACCCAUAGAUGGACUAUUAUACAUGAAAUCUGAAGAAGGUGCUAGCCCAGGCCCCGGGGCAGGGACCCCAGACCCUGAAGGCGCCGACAAAGAUGACUUGCAAUUGCUGACGGAGAUCUUCAGCACAUCCUCCCUGGAGGAGGGCGAGUUUGGCAGAGAGUGGGCUGCAGUGUUUGGAGAUGGUCGGCCGAGGGAACCUGCAGCUGCCAUGGUCCUGGGAGAGCCAGACCUCAAGCCUCAGGCAGGAUCUGGCUUCCUCCCCUCUCAGCUUUUGGACCAAAAUAUGAAAGACUUACAGGCCUCACUGCAAGGCUGGUCAGAGAGCAGUGUCAGUCCUCCUCCUCCACCAAGGUCAGCAGCAAAGACCAGCAGCCCUGAAGCGAAAGAGCCGGCCAAGGCGGCCUCGGACCUGACUGCCUGGUUCAGCCUCUUCGCUGAUCUCGACCCGUUGUCAAAUCCUGAUGCGAUUGGGAAAACUGAUAAAGAACAUGAGCUGCUGAACGCGUGAGUCCUGCGGCCUUGCGGGAAGGUGCCCCCGUGCCACCGACGUGGCAGCCCCAUGGCCUAGCAGGGACACACGGCCAUCAGUAUGUUGUUUCAAUAUGUACGUGCCAUUUUAAUAAAACAGAGGGGUCCAGGGCCCUGUUUAUAUUGCUAUAAUUACUACUUUUCUUUGGUAUCAAGGGUUCUAGGAAUGGACACAACGCACACCACCUCUGCACAGUGUCGGGCUGACUCCAGCCCGGGGCAACCUGCGGUUGCUUAUUGGGCUCCCGUGAGAUCCAAGUUCAGAUCCCAACCCUACUUUGCAUUAGGUUCCCUUUACGUGUCCUGCAGCCUCAGCAGCGGCAGGAGGCUGGCUGAGGCUGGACGCCUCCUGUCCUUCUGAGAAGACCGCGGGACCUUCUUGCCAAGCCGCUUGUGGCGAGCCCCGGUCGAUGAGUACUCCAGCCAACCAAAGAUGCCGCCUGCACGGCGCUUGCCUGGCACCCGUGUGCUCUCCUGCUGGCCAGGGAUCUGGGCCUUCUCCACGCUGCAGGACCGAGCCACGGAAAGCAGCUAUAUUGGCAGAGCCCGGUGUCUCCUGUUGUCUACAUCAUGGCUGGAACUCAGCAGCAUGUACUUCUGAAGCUCCUUGUGAUUUGGUUAUUUUUUUAAUUAUUAUUAAACAAAAAAGAAUUUUGACAUGCAAAGUCAAGUCCGUGGCAUCUGUUGUACAGUGGGUGUGGGACUGGAGUGUGUGUCAAGAGCAGGAGAGGGUGAGCACCCACCCCACCCCCUUGAAGCUGUGGCCUUGACUCCUCACAUCCCCCAGAUGAGGCUAUGUGGCAGGAAAAGAGAGGAUUUGGGUAAGCUGG